AUUUUGACAGUACUCAGCGUGGAAGGGGUAGGCAUUUGAUAUCAUUUAGAAUCAAACAAUUUUUUUAUUUUGAGCAAUUUUGCAAAAAUGUGUGAGGUCGAAGCCGUUAGUAAAAUUGCCAAAUGCCUUCAGGUACCAGUGGGUAAAGUACAACUAAAUGAUGAGCAGGUCGUGACACGCACACUCAAUAACAAAUCUGUCGCCGGAUUUGCUACCAUUCUCAACACUUUGGCUAAAGAAUCCAAGUCGGACAUUGCUAAAAAUAGUUGCCAAUCACGUGAAGUAGAAGCCCAAGUUUAUCAAUGGAUAGAAUAUGCCAUCCUUUAUGUUGGCCCCGGAUCAAAGGAUAGAUACUGUUCUCAGCAACUGCUUAGGGAUUUUAACAAAUUGUUUCUUUCAAAAUCCUAUUUGGUUGGAUAUUCGAUAACCUUAGCAGACUUGGCAGUUUUCUAUGCCAUAUAUGAUCUAGUGAAAUCUCUCUCGCCCAUUGACAAGGAAAAUUAUCUUAACCUUUCUCGUUGGUUCGAUCACUUGCAGCAAAUUCCUGAAAUACGUCAAGGUUCGGAGCUAUUGAAUUUCACCACAAUCUAUUUGCAUGGAUGGGCCACCGGUACACAUGUUUAAACGAUAUUGCAUUUGUAAUGUGUAACAAUAAUGAAGCUAUUAUAAUUUAUUUUAUGUUAAUUAAUCACUAAAAAGACGUUUCUACCAACAA